GAAAAAGCUUUUGCCAUCCCUGGCUGAUGGAUGUGGCGCUAUGCCUUCGCUGCGCCUUGGGGACCCAGGUUUCCGCUUGCCAUCGCAGCCUACACCGACUGUCUGGGCACUGAGCUGGUGUCCGGGGACGUGUGGACGGUGGCUCGCGAAGUGGACAAGGCGCUGCAGCUUACCCAUGUGCCGCCCCAGUAUGGUUUGGAGCUGUCGAAUGCCUUCUUCGGCUUGGAACGAUCGGGGGCAAUUCCAGGAGCCAUUGAGGAUUGCGCCUUGGGCAUGGCGGUGCUGGUGUUGAAUGCCCUGCCCCAAGCAGAACUUCGCUUUGGCACCAGGAGGGCCAAGGAGUAUUAUAUCCUUUAUGAAGAACUUCUCAGAAGCUACGGGCAUUUGUGGAAUGCCUCGGGCUUCAAAUGGAGCCUCAAGACCCACCAGUCCGCUGGCUAUCCUUUGAUUCUGGGUCUUCGCCCACAAAGCUGCUUCGGAUUGGAUUUGAAGAUUUUCGUCUAUGAGACGGACUUCGCCAGCAAGCCAGUGAUUUGUAGCCAAGGGAUGUUUGCCAGCGAGGUCUUCGUUCAUCAAUUUCUGCUGCACAGCUCAUGCCACACUGAAGACCCCAACGAAGCUGAUUUCUUCUUUGUGCCGGUCUACGCGGCCUGCGUGAUGACCAAGGAGAAGAAGUUGGCAGAUGAGAUGGAUUUCUUCUACAAGGAGCUGGUGACGGAGAAGCUUCGGUAUUUUCAGGACCAAGGAGGUCAAGAUCAUAUCUUCCUUUGGUCUUCCGAGACCUACGAUUUCCCAUCAUGGGUGGAUUACAUCGCUGAUUCGUUGUUUCUUUCAGUUGAAGCUGUGCCAAUCGAGUGUACAGACUUCGACUUUUUCUCUGAAGAGACGGCAGACAACUUUGGAGCUCAUUGUCAGCAUUGCCACUGGUGCUUCACCCGUUGGAAGGACUAUGUGAUCCCUGGCUUUGUUGAGAAGUGGAGCAUCGAAAAGAUGAGGGAUCUGGAAAAAUCACAUGAAGAAAGGACCUUCACAGCCUGCUACUGGGCCGACUGGGCCGAGCCAGGAUCGCCAAGAAGGAAGGAUGGACUUGGGCUGGAGUGGAACGGCCACACGGGUUAUCAUGGAGCAGACUCAGAUGCCCUGGCCAUCUACAAGUACGCCAAUACCACGGUGCGAAAUGACCUGCAGACACUGAAUGGACGCGCCAACUUUAGCAUCGGCUACCGCUUCACCAGAAUCACGGAGUACUUCGAGCGCAUCGGGGAGUGCCACUUUUGCUUUGCGCCCAAGGGUUUGGGUUACUGGAGCAAUCGGCUUUACGAGGUGUUGUUCGCUGGAUGCAUCCCAGUGAUCCUCUCGGAUCACAUCGGACUUCCCUUCGACGACUUCUUGGAUUGGAGCACCUUCUCUUUGAAGUGGCCUAUGUCAGAGGUGGGCCCUGUCCUGGCAGAACACUUGGAACUGCUACUGCAGAACCAGUCGCUGAACCCGGCAUUGUCGAACCAGCGCGUGCCUCACAGGUGCUGGUUCGACUACAACUCUGAGGAUCCCAACUGCUCACCAUACCUGGGCCUUCUGCGCUUCUUGCAGAAGAAGAAGGCUGCCAUGCCGCGCUCCCCAGGCAGCCAAACUCCGAACGUGGGGAGUAGUUGGAGUUCGGGCUGUCGAGUGGUGGUGACACUUGUGGACUCACGAGAGUUGAAACAUGCCCUGGGCUAUUUCCUCUUUAAAUAUCAUCGGGGCGUUGAAAUCUCGGAAUCUAGAAGGGGAUGUCAAAUAUUAUAG